GAUAACAUUCUUUUUCUUCAUAAUAAUUAAUAUUCAACGUGGUUAAAAAUAUGUGAGAGUUAUGCAUUAAUCAUUAACGUCGAUACUACAGUGUCAUAAUUAAUAAAUCAUAAUGUGUAGUAACGAUAGUCCUCCACCAACAAAGGAAUCGUUAACUGUAGAUUUGAAUAUUGGAAGUCCAAUGGCAGGAUUUUUACCAGGACUUGAACACUACAGAUUACAACUAUACCAUUAUGCUAUGGCAGAACGUUUACGUUUAGCCCAGCAGUUACAUCCUCAGCAUCCCGGACUCAAUCAUUCUAACUCUGGAUCGUCGGGAUCACAUCUUACUAUUUCUUCGAAUUUUCCAGCGCCUCUCCCACUCUAUCCAACUGCUGCAGCAGUAGCUGCAGCUACAAGUUAUCCUAACAGACUGGCAUUAUCAAUGGCGUUACUCCAUCCACAUCAUCAACGAAUUCCUGAAGAGCCAAAACCACAACAUAGUUAUAUUGGACUCAUUGCAAUGGCAAUCCUUUCAUCUCCAGAAAAAAAACUUGUUCUAUCGGAUAUUUAUCAACAUAUACUUGAACAUUAUCCGUAUUUCAGGAGUCGUGGACCAGGUUGGCGAAACUCAAUUAGACACAAUUUGUCAUUGAACGACUGUUUUGUCAAGUCGGGGAGGAGUGCGAACGGUAAAGGGCAUUACUGGGCUAUUCAUCCGGCUAACAUGGAGGAUUUUCGACGUGGGGAUUUCCGGCGACGUAAAGCUCAAAGGAAAGUUAGACGACAUAUGGGUUUAGCAGUAGAUGAAGAACCUGAUAGUCCCAGUCCACCACCUUUACCAUCUACUCCACCGUUAUCGAAUUCAGUAGUCAGUCAGUCAAAUACAUCAUCAUCGUUAAAUGGUAUUUGGUGCUCUCAUAGUCAUCAAAAUCCCUAUCUUCCACAGAUACAAAGUAGCUCUGAUCACAACAAAAUGCUCCAACAAAUACCCCAGAACCAACUCAAUUCAAAUCCUCAUAACCAUUUUCAAAGGAAUCCAGUAUUACAAACAACUUAUCAACCAUCACGUAAGAGACAGUUCGACGUAGCAAGUCUUCUUGCUCCAGACGAUCAGCAGAUGCAUAUUAAAGAUAAAAGAUUAGCCAAAUCAAGAAAAUUUAGCUCUAGUGAAGAUGAGCAUGAAAAUGACAAUGUUGACAAUGAUGAAGAUGUAGAUGUUGACAUUGAGACACAUUCUUACCCAUCUCCUCAUGCUCAUCGGGAAAGCCCUGACGUCAAAAUAAGUUAUUCAAGUAAUGGGUGUAAUUGGAAUAAAUCAGCUUCUAUUAAAACGAUGCAGCCACUUUUAACAACGCAUCUUCACAGCCACUUAUAUAUGAAAAGCCAUUAUGUUCAAACUAAUAAUACAUCGAGUUCAAGUAUUUAGAAGACAUUUUUAUGAUUUGAUUGUAAAUAAUUAUUUAUUAUUAAAAAUCGAUGAACUCUUGAAAAUGUAAUGUGAUUGUAACAUAUAUUCUAUGUUUUGAGCUAAUUUUGGUAUAAGAUAGUUAGUAUCUAAUUUAAGUUAUAAAGAUGUGAAUUUUUUAUUAAAAGUCUUAUACAGAUAUGACAUUGGACUCAGUAGUUAAGUUGUCAAUCUAAGUAAAUCAUUGUGUAAUCUUCAGUGUUCUAGGAAUGACGAAGUGAAUAAAUAAUGGUUUAAAAAUAUCAGGAAUUUAGGAAGUCACAUAUUUUAUCUUAUAAUGUAAUAAGAAAAAUUUAUGAUGAAGCAAAAUUAAAUUAUUUGUAAAAAAACAUCGGUUGUGAGAUAAUAGAAGAAAGCAUAUUGUUGCAAUAAAAAUAUUUUCUAAUUCUGGAAUUAACGUAUAUAUAAUAUACAUAGGAAUCAUGAAUCAGUAAUGACAUUUUAAUGUGAUGUAUGUUUCACUUUGCAAUUUCAAUGUUUAAAGUUUAACAUAGAUAAUUCGACAUUUAUGAUAGUGCUGUGGUUGAGAAAUCCAUUAGCAUGACGGCAAACUGAUAAUAGGUAAAACCGAGACCCAUCAUAGUAUUUGUGAAUGUAUAUACUUCCAUAGAAAUUAUAAUUUCGUUGCUUCUACUGACAGAGAAACUGAUAGACAUUGCUCAAAGGAUAACGAAGGGAACAAAUAUUCUGUAAAAACUAUUGGGUAGCAAGCAUAGUGUUUAAUAUUAUCAUAACAUCUUUAUUAUUCGUAAAUGACUCAUGAUUUUCAUACAUAAGUUUCGAUUUCUCAUAGAAAUGUGUUGAUUG